UUUUAGUGAGCAAAAACGUGAAAGUCUAUGAAAGAAAGCAACAAGGAUACACUGCAGAUCGCUGCUCUGAGAUGGCGGUUUGUCCUCUACAGUGUUCUGAAUGGGACUCUGAAUGGGAGUGGCUGCACACCUGUCAGACCGGUUCGCGACACAUGAAUCCCAGGGACUUCUACACUUUUGUUCUUUGUUAAGCAACUGAACCGCAAAGAGAUGGCAGAAGCAACAAAUCCAGACGCUACCUCUAUCCCAGCGCCGACAAUAUCCUUACCACUUGGGCCGGACAUUCUAAGAACAUACUCGGGUGUUCUGAUUUCCAUGGAAAUUGUUUUCGGGGGGUUAGUAUGGAUCUUAGUGGCGUCAUCUAACGUGCCCGUGCCACUGCUGCAGGGCUGGGUGAUGUUUGUGUCUGUAACCAUGUUUGUCUGCUCCUCCACAUACCUCGCCCUGUUUCUGCUGGGCUUUGCGGAUAAAAUCAACACUGACUGGAAUUUCAUGGAUAUGAUGUAUCAUUUCAUUGCAUUGCUCUUCUAUUUCGCUGCAUUUGUACUUGAGGCUGCCACUACAUCUGCAUAUGCAGGACAAGUGGGCAACACAACUUGCAUAUCCCAGCCAAGUACAAAUAUCAUUACGUUCCUGGAUUUUCGACAAUACAGUAUUAAUGUGGUAGCGACGAUAUUUACAUUUAUAGUAACUGUUUGUUACGGCUGCAGCAUGUUCAUGGGUUUCAAAAGGUGGAGGAAAUGAUGUAUAGAGACAGGAACACAGAAGCAGAGCAAUAACUUCCAUCAUCACUUCAAGCAUCAGAAGUACUGUCACAGGCAACACACAGGGUGUAGCUUGAUGACAUGUUUACAUCAUUUCCUAUCCUGUCAUUGUUUUUAUGAUCAGGACCCAAAACAGCCCUUAUUUUUUUUGUGUUAUUAGUAUUUGGUUAUAUGAUGUAGAGAUAAAGACAUGUCUGUAAAUCCUUAAAAAGAGUUUUAACUUACACAUACAGGCAAUCCUGUACUGCAUUUGACUUUAUAGAGUUAGCUGUUCAAUGUCUUUCCAUAGCAUCAUGUUUUUUUUUUUGUGUUAUUAUUUAAAUUGCAACUCAUCAGAUGGGCAUACUAGUAUUAAAUGUUAUUGUAUCUCUCUUGCACCAUAGAGAGAAUAUUUUGAGUAAAUAUUUUGGUCUGCCUAGUUUAGUACAUGUAUAUCCCCUCUUUAAAUCAUGUCACAACAUUUAAGUAUUUUUUCCACUUACAUGCUAUAAUCUGUCAUCGAAUGACUUAUUUUGUAUGACUUGAAUAAAUAAACAUUUUUCAUCAAAGCA